AUGGGAGAUGUCUCUCACUGGAAAAAAGGAUCCUCAUCUGUGAAGCUGCAAGUGACAAAGAAACAGAAUGAGGAUCUCAUUCGUCCACUCUGGUCUAACAAGACUGAGUAUAUCCUAGCCCAGCUGGGCUACUCCAUGGGGUCAGUCAGUCUCUGGACCUUUCAUACCCUGUGGCUUUCCAACGGAGGCCUGUUCAUCAUCUUAUACAUCCUUAUGCUGCUCUUAAUCGGAAUCCCUCUCCUUUUCAUGGAGAUGGCAUUUGGUCAGAAGGUGCGAAAGGGCAACCUUGGUGUAUGGAAGUUCACCAGCCCCUGGAUGACUGGUUUGGGUUAUACCAGCUUCAUGGUAUGCUUCCUCCAAGGCUUGUUGGUCAAUAUAAACAAUUGCUGGACCCUCUUCUAUUUGAGCCAGUCCUUCCAGUUUCCUCAUCCAUGGGAUAACUGUCCCUUAGUGAAGAACUCCAGUCAGUUUGAUGCUGAGUGUGCACGGACUACACCCACCAUAUACUUCUGGUUCCGCAAGACCUUGAAGGUUUCAGACACAUUUGAGCAUCAUGGACGGCUCAACACCGAUUUGAUUCUGUGCCUCUUAGUGGCUUGUUGUCUUCCAUGUGUUAUCUCGAUCAGUGGGCUCAAGUCCAUCGGGAAGGCAAUGUAUGUCUUGGUGUUGCUUCCCUAUUUCAUCAUCUUUUGCUUCCUAAUCUGGAGUCUACUACUGGAAGAUGCAUUGUUUGGCCUUAAACAUUUGCUGACUUUCAAGGAGGUAUCGAUUAUGGACUUCAUAGCACUUUUUCACGAAGUAGGGUACCACCUUUUGUUUUCCCUGGGCCUAGGCCUUGGCAUCAUUGCAUCCUUCUCCUCGUACAUGCCCUCAUCCAACAACUGUCUCACUGAUGCCUUUGCAGUGGCUCUGAUCAACCUGUGCACCUUGCUGUUUAUCACAACAGUCACCUUUUCUGUUACGGGCUUCUGGGCCAGUAUCAUCUCACAGCGCUGCAGAGAGAAGAAUGUUGAAACACUCCUGAAAUUGAUAUCCUUGGGGGUACUACCUCCUGAAGCCAAGCCCCCUGCAAAUGUGCUUCAUAACCCAAGCUCUUCAUACACCACUUGGCUAGAAAGCCUUCCUCAUUCUAUCAAGAAGAUAAUAGUCAGCAAGGUGUCUGACUGCGACAUAAUGGAUCAGCUUUCAAAGAUUAAGGAAGGCACACGAUUUGUGUACCUAGUCUUUGUGGAAGCCAUGUCAUUCGUUCCUGGGUCCUCCUACUGGUCCAUCCUCUUCUUCCUUAUGUACCUGUUCAUGGGGAUGACUACCAUGGUCGGGGUCAUGCAGGGCAUCAUAACUCCACUUCAGGAUACCGUCUCUCUCUUCAGAAAACAUCCAAAGAUGCUCAUAGUGAGUGUCUCUGUGCUCAUGUUCCUGUGUGGCCUCUUCUUCACUCGACCUUCGGGCUACUACUUCAUGACCCUGCUGAGUAGCUGCUGGUUAAAUCUUUCCACCCUCCUUCUCAUCACUUUGGAAAAUGUGUCUAUAGUCUGGGUCUAUGGAGCCACAAGGUUCUUUGCAGAGUUGAUGACCCUGAUGGACCGCCCCAUCUCUUUCAUUUAUCGCUUCCUGUUGGGCUUUCUGUGUCCUUUCAUGCUGAUAUUCCUGUUUGGGGGCACCGUGGCUCACAUAAGUAUACAGAGCUUCGUCUACCUGGCCUGGGACUCAAACACUUCAAAAGAAGUGACUCAAAAAUACCCACCAUGGGCGUUCAACUUGAUAGUCAUCUUAGUUGUCACUGUCUUCCUGCCCAACUUUAUAUGCUUUAUGUACUACCUCAUCACUAGGAUCCUCAUCAGCUCCAUCCAGCGGGUUGGGGGUCUUAUAGUGUCCAAAUCCCUGGCUUCAAGGGGCCAGAAUCUCAAGCUGGAAGCUGCAUAUUUUGGUCUCCAGCAUUUGUUGGAUACCAAGGGACCCAGCCCUCAGCCCCUGCCGUUGGGGAAAGCAGGUGUCGAACUCCUGACCCGCAUCUAG